AUGGAUAAAUUUAAUAAAGUAGUUAAAAAGUACUCAUUGUACUUUCCACACUUACCUUUACCAAGAAUUAUAGAAAGCGAUAAAACUUUUAUUGUAAGCAUUUUUAACAUAGAAUUACAGAUUUAUAGUUACGCUGAACUUGAUUGUUUAAUUGAUCAAGUAGUAAGUGAAAUAAUUAAAUUGCACAAAAAUAGACAACAAAUUGAGAACAAUAAGCCGGCAAAAAAAGCCUCGGUUGAAAAAAGCACUAAGCUCAUUAGUACUUAUAACAAUACACAAUCUAACACAAAAUCUAAUGGAAAAAGUGCUAGAGGUAAAAUGAGAAUGAAAAACAUUCAAAAUAAUAGAUAUAUACCAAGUUUUUGUGAGGAUACUAAUGAAAACAAAAAUAACAUUCUAACAGAGCCAAAAGAAUUAUUUAGUGAAAAAAUAUCAAAUUAUUGUUCUACUAAGAAUAUUGCAUUUCCUGAAUAUGUAUUUGAAAAAAGCAAUGGUGUAUAUUUCUGUAAAGCUUUUUUUAUGAAUGAAAAGUUUGAGUCGCGUUAUGCGUACGACAUGAAAGCAGCAAAAGAGGAUGCAUGUAGGCUUAUUAUUUCUUAUAUUAAUUAUUUGGAUUCUGAAAAUAUUAUAAAUAAAAGAAAACGUUCUAUAAGUGAAGAUGAACCUACUAAUACUAGCGUAUCUAAUACUAAUUUUUCUGAAAUAUUUAAAUAUUCGGAAAAUGAAGAUUUUUUUGAUGUAGGAAAUUUUUUUACUUUUUGA